AUGGUGGUCACAAAAUUUGCUCCUGUGAAUUUUGCUAUUUUUUUGUUGAAUACUUGUCUAUAAAUGCAUUUUUGUUGCUUUAUAUCUAUAUAUUUACUUAUAAUUAUGUCUACGUUAACCACUGAGCAAUUUAUCAGAUUCUCAACGAGAAACUAGAGGAAAAAUUUGAGCAGAAAAUCACACCUUUAAGUCAAACGAUUGUCGAUCUCAAAAGCAAAGUCGAGGAUGUUGUGGAACAUAUAACAUUCAUAAAUGCUAAGUACGAUGAACUGUACUUAAAACUCGAAGCCUCUGAGAAGGAAAAUAAGUCGAUUAUGGAAGAGAAUAAGAUCUUGAAAAUGUCUAUUCAACAACUUGAGCAUUCAGUUACCACCCUUGAUCAAGCUCAUAAUGACCUUGAACAAUAUGGACGAAGGGAGUGUAUUGAGAUUAGCGGAAUCCCUGCUCCUGGACCAGGUCAAAGUGAAAAUGUAAACGCUGUUGUUAGUAAUGUUGGUAAGCUGAUUGGUGUUGAUGUUAAGCGAGAGACAUAUCAGUAUGCCACCGAUUACCUCAGCUAA